AUGUUCAGACCAACGGUCGCUCGUCAGGCCGUCAAGGCUCUGAACAAAACCGCUCGUCCCGCGGCAUUGGUUGCGCCCGCCUCGCGAACCACCUUCCGCGGACUCUCUUCUACCGCUCCCCGUGCCAACGAUGAAAGUGAUAAGGCCAAGAAGGAUCCCCUGCUAGCUGCCACCGAUAAAGCUCCCAAAGGCGCUCUCGGUGAACAGGAAGGUCGGUUUGCCCGAACGGAUGAGAGUCUUCAGAUUGAGUACCCCGAUGACGAGCACAUGCCUCGCACGGCGGUCGUGCAGGGCCGUGGUGGAAUGCACUUCAAGCGCACCCUCGCGCAGUUUUCGCUCGAAAACAAGGUCAGCUUGGUGACGGGAGGCGCUCGAGGUCUGGGUCUGGUCAUGUCCCAGGCUCUGGUAGCUUCGGGUUCAGACCUGGCCAUUGUUGACUUGAACAAGGCGGAGGCAGAAGAGCAGGCUCAGAAGCUGGUGGAGCAGUUCCGAAAGGAAAACCCGGGGUUAGAGGAAAUGCCGAAUGUUACCGCCCACUAUGCCGACGUCGCGAACCCUGAUUCCGUCAAUGCCGCCCUGGAGGAGGUCAUUUCGAAGCACGGUCGGAUCGACAACCUCGUCACUUCGGCCGGUUUUACCGAGAACUUUGACGCCAUCUCCUACCCCUACGACCGUAUGCAGAAGCUGUGGGGAGUGAACGUGGACGGCACCUAUCUCUUUGCGACCGGAGUUGCGAAGCACCUGAUGGAGCGCAAGGUUCCCGGCAGCAUUGUUAUGAUCGGUAGCAUGUCGGGUGCAAUUGUCAACGUCCCGCAGCCCCAGGCGCCCUACAACGCUGCUAAGGCGGCCGUUCGUCACCUUGCCGCGUCUCUCGCGGUUGAAUGGGCGAGUUACGACAUCCGGGUGAACUGCAUUAGUCCUGGAUACAUGCUGACGGCCUUGACCCGCAAGAUCCUCGAGGAGAACCCGGAAUUGCGGGACAAGUGGAUCUCCCUGAUCCCCGCCGGUAAGAUGGGAACGCCGGAGGAUCUCAUGGGCGCCGUUACCUUCCUGCUCAGUGAUGCCGCCAAGUACAUCACCGGCGCGGACCUGCGGGUGGAUGGCGGCUACACCCUGACCUAA